CACCCCAAAUUUUUAUUACAUUUUCUGAUACAUAUUGAUGUCCUUAUGCUGCUGUGUAUAUACUGAGGCACAGGAUUAACACGAUUAACACAAUGUUCAUGAUUAUUGCCCAUCUCUCUGUCAUAGUAGUCUAAUGAGGGGAAUCACUAUGGUCACAUCUGGUCUGGUGUUUAAAUCAUAUAUCCACUGAUAAAACUAGUUUCAAUGUUAUUAAGUUACACAAUAGUAGCUGACAGGCCCCCUUUUUUCUAUAACAGCCCUUGUUAGGUUGCUCUUCUUCCUCUCUCUCUCUCUCUCCCUUGACUCUGAACUACAAAUGGCUGGACUUGCUAAGACCAAUGAUGCUGGAGAUGAUUCUGUUACACAAUGGCUGUGGGUUGACUCGAAACACAAAGAUCAUGUAUUAAAACACUUGGUCUCAAAAAAGUUAAUAGAUGAGAAAGACACCCGCAAUCCCCAAACACUUAGCUAUUUUAAGGUUACGACUAAAAGAGAGAACGUGGAGAAAAUACAAGAUGCUAUUAGAGACAUGAGUACAGUUAGAGACAUGAAUACAGUUUGGUUUCCUCAAGGUAUGUCAUAUCCAACUGAGGACUGCACCCCUAAGGCAAGGCUGGCAUCUACUACUCCACUUGCUGCUAAACUUGAUGAUGACUCACAACCAGCCACUGUUACUAUUGAGUUGACCUACACAUACGGAUGUUUAGAUGGGACUUCAAUAGAACCAAUUGUAGCUGAGCUGAUUAAAAGACUGAAAACUAGAUCUGUUUAUAAGAGUGAAGAGUUUGCCAAAGGUGUAGUGUACAAAGUGACAGUCAAUGAAAGCCCAAGGGAAUUCGUCUUCAUGCCUGCUCUACAACACACACCACCUAUCAUUAUUGUAUCUGCAGAUAUAGAAGGCUUUUGCCCAUCAAAGCCAGAUGCUGAAAAUGAUGUAUAUGAGAUAGACUCUACUGAAUGACAUCAAAGCAGAGAAAACAAUACCCUGUCUGGACUCUUGUGAAAUAGAGAAGAAGAGUUCAGAAGCAAAAGGUAAAGACAAGAAGUAAAAACAUUAAAAAAUAAGA